AUGGACUCUCCAAUGAAUGCUGACUUCUUUUAUGCCAAUGAAUCCUCCUACUACCAACAAUCCUAUGAAUCAGAUUACGAAGCACCCUGUGCCUGCAGGAAUAUUUCACAAAUGUUCGACGACUCUGACAAAAAAUAAGUCGAAAUGUUUUAAUUAACAGAAAGUGCUCUCGAUGGAGGGUUUUUGAAUAAAAUGAACGAAGUCCAUCAUACUUGUGAUUCCGUCUAUCCCUUUUUGUAAGAGUGCGACGACAGUAUGAGUCCAGAACUAUAUCUAACUAGUCAAAAAGGAAACUUGCUCAGCAAAACAUGCUCUUUCUUUGAACAUAACUAUUUAAAUAAUGAGUCCGAACUUUAAGAUAGGUUCCACCUGAGUAACCAUAUUGAUUAAUUCUUAGCUGUAAAUAUGAAAAUUGAGGAACCCUUAAUUGAGGAUAAAGGGCAUUGUUCCACCAAAGAUCACUCUUUCCAUUACGAUAAGGAAGAGCUAUCUUUUAUAAUGGAGUAAUAUGAGGUUCAUCCUCCUCAUUAACAAGACUAGAGAGAAAACGUUCCAAACUCUGCUGAAGAUGCUGAAAAAGAUUAGGAUCCCAUGUCUAAGACCAAAGCUAUAAAAAAGCAAAAACAUAGACACCACAUCUCCAAAUGCGGUCAUGAAGAUAUGCCUUACUACGCAAAUGGGAUGUGCUAAAACUGCUACCACGCUAAGGGCAGGACAAAGAAAGCAACAAAAUGCGAGCACUAAGACAGGCCCCUCUACGCCAAGGGUAUCUGCAAAAAUUGCUAUUUAAGCAUCUAUCACAAGAAGAAGAGAUCAGAAUUAAAGACUACCACCAGCAGCGUUUCAUCAACAUCAGCUGCUUCCAUAAUUGAAGAACAUUCUACACCUAUUUCCCCCAAACUCAAACUCGAGGGAAACUAGAAAAGUCCAAGAAACUAGAAAAUCUCAGAAGCUGUUUGA